GUCCAGUCCGUGUCAGUCUUAUUCCGGCCCGAACACACGUUGCAUCGUGUGCAUUGCGAAAACACGCCAGUAACUGACCAGUACAGCACAUACACAGACAGCGACUUGAGAGGGUGGAUUAAUAUGGUUGCGGCACCAUUUUACCCUCCUACUACACCCUGCUCCAUGGAUUUUGUCGCGUGGAUUGUGAACGUGUGUGCGAACGUAUCAUAAAACAGUGUCAUCGUGAGCUUUAGGGCGCUGCGAAUCGCUAAUUGAAUUUAAAUCCACUCCCACAAGUGUCCUCGUGUCCAAAAACGCGCGACCCAAAAGAGAAAGUCUGGGCCUGGGCGCAAUGGCUAAUCCGUGAUUUCGUGGUUCUCCGCACAGCCGCCUAGCGCCGACGUACGGUAUAGCACGUGUUUUGCGUCCGUUUGAGUGCUUCCGGGAUUAGAGUUCGAUACCGCACUGGUCACAUUUCCAAACAGUCAUUCCACCAGUCCGUCAGAUAUUCGAUGGUGUCGCGCAAAUGCUACCCAGUUUCGUUCGUGCUAUAGUUACAAAGUGUUUGGCUGCUGCUUACCUCCCGGAAACCAUGCUAAAGUGUGAUCCGAUCCGUGUCAGUUACAUCGCAUUACCGUAAAACAAAACAAAAAAAAAACAACAUACCAGGGCCAUGAAACUGUUGCUCAAAAUUCACAACAAAGAUCGUCACUCGACGACCACGGCGGCGGUCAAUCUGUUCCAGCGGAAGCGUAAAUAUCACCGUAGACACUCGAAAUCAUCUUCCCCGGUGCCCUCCGGGGCCGCCUCCCUGCCUGCCUCCCAGCAGUCUGGCCCUUCCGCAUCCUCCACCCCGCCGCACGUAUCCUCAUCCUCGCUGACGUCAGCCGCGUCCGGUGCUGCCGUGCCGUGCGGUACGUUUGACGCGGAUCGGACCACUUCCGGUGCUGCGUCACUGGCCGCACUCGUGUACGGUGGACCCGGAAACUGCACGGAACCGAUUUCCUGCCCGAUCGAAAGACGUCCGCUACUGCGGAAUUCCCCAUCACAGUCAUCGGCACGCAGUUUUGCUAGCUCUUCCCGACACGGCCGCAACAAUCAGAACCGCGGACUACCUUCAGCGGAACCAUCGACCCUGCGACAGGAGCGCUACUUCAUUUACGGAGCGCUGAUAUUUUUCGCGAUCGUCGGAUUCUCAACCGCCAUCUACUUCAUCGUGAACCAGGUGCGCGGUCCAGCUGACAUUGACCGGGAGAUACUGUUCGACACCAACUACCACCGGCGGACGAUGCCCAAUCUCGGCAACAGCCACAUGAUCAUCGAACGGCGUAACUGGGGUUCGCAGGUAGAUGCGCACGCAUCGAUCCAAUUGGAGCAUCCGGUUCAGUACGUGAUCGUUACACACAUCGGCCUGCGCUCCAAAAAUUGCACCGGCAUGCACGAAUGUGCGAACAGGAUGCGCAUGCUACAGGAUGCAGCCAUCGGUGAGCGGAAUCUACCCGACAUUCCAAGCAACUUUUAUCUUGGUGGAGAUGGCAACGUGUACGUGGGCCGUGGUUGGGAUAUUGCAAAUUCGUAUCACAAUCGAACACUGUCCGUCUGCUUCAUAGGAGACUUCCAAACCUACGAACCGAAAGAAUCUCAAUUCUCCGCCCUGCACCAUCUCCUGACGUACGGUGUGAUACAGCGAAAGCUUGCCAGCGACUAUAAGCUUGUGGCACGAAGACAGACCAAACCUACCACAGCCAGCCCUGGCGACAUGCUAUACGCUAGGCUCGUUAGACUAUCCCGGUGGAAUCCUUGUGGAACGCAAGCAUACGCACACUGUGGGGCAGAAUUGGGCUUUCCGAGCGUUUGGGACGAUGAGCACGAUUUCAAUGAGCAUGGAUUCAAUAAUCAGAACCAGUUGAUGGGACCAAAUACUUCGCCGGGCAUAAAAUACGAACGCCUUAUCGUGUACAGCAUAAUUACACUCUUCAUAAUCAUUGGUUUGGUGCUAUUGUUUUACGUUAUCUACAUGAUGUUCCCCUCCGGCGACAAUAUCAUUCCGAAGGAGCUAUUUUUUGAGGACAACUCUGCUUCUAAAUCAAUUCCCAAUCUCGGCAACGGGCACAUGGUCAUCGAUCGCCACAACUGGGGUGCACAGCAGGGUGUACAUGGACCGUACAAGCUGCCACAUCCCAUUCCGUACGUGCUGAUAACACACAUAGGCGUCCACUCGGAAAUCUGCUCCGAUGUGCACGUUUGCUCCAUCAAGAUGCGCACGCUGCAAGAUGCAGCAAUUGCCGAGAAAAGUCUGCAAGACAUACCGAGCAAUUUUUAUGUCGGUGGUGACGGAAACGUUUACGUUGGUCGUGGAUGGGAUACGGCCAAUGCGUACGCUAACAUGUCACUGGCCGUGUGCUUCAUGGGCGAUUACGGGCGGUAUGAACCGAACGAUCUUCAGCUUUCAGCACUGGACCAUCUGUUGACGUUCGGCGAGAAACACCACCUUUUAACGGAAGACUACAAAAUCGUCGCACAUCGACAGGCACGAACUACACGCAGUCCUGGGAUAAAACUGUACGAGAAAAUAACGAAACUCACGCGAUGGUACCCGUGCGGACUACCAGGUUACGCAAAGUGUGGCGUCGAAAUAGGUCUACCAACAGUCUGGGAUCAAGAAUACCCAAAAUCGAUCUCUACAAUAGUUGCUACAGUUAGUGAUAAUAGUACUCAAACCAAUUAAAAGCAUUACAAACGA